AUGACGAACAGCACCUCGCGCCUCAGAACGACUCCUCCGCCCUGGCCAUCUGCCUUUCAGCCGUCUGGUGCUUUGUGGGGACAGCUGCCCAUCACUGUUCCUCGCCUAGUCAAAAGCUCGCCCAAGAUUGUCGUGACAACCAGAGUAAACGGCAUUACGUCCUACGAGGUGCAUAAGGCUAAAGGCGAUCCAUACCAGUGCCUGAUCGAUACCGACAACGAAUGGAUGCUCACGAUGGGUCUCAGUCUCAAUGGAGGUCGUUGCACUGUUGCUCGCACCCCUCUGGCUCGACUUGUCGCCGGGCAAACUCCUACGCCAUAUCCUGAUCGAAUCUACGUAGAUCACGCAAACAGAAACACCCUCGAUAACACCCGUGCAAACCUGCACUGGGUAACGCCCGCCUUCAAUCGCUGGAACAUGGAAAGAAAGGAAGGCAAACAAAAGUACUUUGGUGUCCGGUCCCAGGCUGGUUCGUUUCAUGUCAGAGCUCACGGUCAAUCUCACGGGACGUACAAGAGCGAGGCAACCGCUGCUCGAGUAUACAACCUGGUCUGCAAGCUGGAGUAUGGCGAUCAGCUUAUCAAAACACCGCAUUUACUCAAUGAUCCCGAUCAAAAGCGACAUGUGGUAGAGGUAGGGGUGCCCCCCGGUGGCGUCCAGAUCUUUCGCGUGGACGAUGUCUUCGUUGUCACAUACGAGGCCCGGGUUCGAAGCACACACAAGGACGUUGAUCGAGCCGAGGCAGCAGCAUACUCUAUCAUUGCAAAGCUACGAGUAGAGCAAGCUCGCAUCGAGCGGGCUCGACAAAUCUUGCGCAGGAGAUUGCACAUUCGCCGCAACAAGGAUGGCGUUGCAUAUGUCCCUAUCGACGUUGGUUCCGGAAAGACUGUUGACGUUCUACUCAGCGAUGAUGGCUGGCUCGACAUACAUGCUGCAUCGGCAAGGCUCAAAUUGAGCAUGGGUCGGCCCUGUAUCUAUACCGAUCAGCACGAGGUGGAUUUGGCGCGGUGGUUGUGCAGGAACAGUGGGCUGCGAUCAGUUGAUGUUGUGGAUCAUAUCAACUGGGAUCCCUUUGACGAUCGAAUGACGAAUCUUCGCAUCAAGGACCGGGCUGCAAACGCUCAGAAUUGGAGGCGGAAGAGCAACGGCUUUACCGGUGUCUAUCCUAUGCGGGGAAAGUGGCAAAUCGAGGUCAAGAUCAAAGGUGGCACCGAUCGUGCACGCCGCCUUGUCAACAACCUCGACGACGCUAUCGAGCUAUAUGAUCUUGCGACUUUGUCUCAACACGGGGUCGGAUGCCAUCUUAACCGCCGCGAAUCAUUGGGCGAGUACCUUCUCAAGCUCGACAAAAAGGAGACUAAGGCGGUUCUGGAGGAGUUCUUGGCUGGGAAGGGGGAGAAGAGCUGUAAGUACAUCGGCGUGAGGAGGAAAGUCUUGGAGGUGAAGAGGAGAAAGACAACCAAAGUGAUAUAUUGGUCAGAGCCCGAGGGGAAAGGUUAUGGAAUGACGACUCUGGACGAAGCACUCGGCAGCGCCAUUCGCUGCGCUAUAUCUUGGGACUUGUGGCGGGUAAAGGUGCGCGGCCACUACAAGAUCAACUUCGAGCAGCUUCGGCCAUGCUAUCAACACUGGGCUCCGCAGGUCGAGAAGACGACUCAAGCUGCUUUCAUCGAGAAGGCCUACGAGCUCCUCGGCGGUGACGACUUCGCUAUAGCAGAAGGCUCCGCGGAUGGCGAAAUUCCCUCUUCUUCGGUAUUGGGCAAGCGCAAGUCUCCUUGA